AUGUCCAAUCGUGUCCCCAUCCCUCGCUUGCUAAACACGCGCACACAACACAAGCCAGGUCGUACCGGGAGAGCCUGCGACGAGUGUCGGUCACGAAAAGCAAAAUGCGACGGCGUCAAGCCAGCCUGCUCUUUUUGUGUUCGACAGAAAACAACAUGUCAUUAUUCGGAGCCGAAGAGAAAACGCGAACAAACUGAGUUAGGAUUGGCGAAGGACAGAGCCGACAGUUUCGAAAAGGUACUUCGCGAAAUCUUGGAGGAAGUUGAUCUUCCUGUCUCGAAGAAAAUAAAGAGAGUACUGAUCCUUAAGAAACCUUCAUCAUUGAGUCAAGAAUCUCGCAAAAGUUCGAGCUUUUCUUCUGUUCCGUCCUCGCCAUCCUCUGUUGGCUCUGUAGACGCCGCCGAUGUCCUUGACGAAGAUCUCAAUCGGAGUCAAGACAGCAGAGCAACAGGGUAUAUUGGGGAAAGUUCAGAAGUUACCUGGCUGCGCAGCAUAGAGAUGAAAUCUUCUGGCUUGUCUACCGAUGGACAGAAUUUAGAACCCACUCGCAGUUACAGCUCGUCACCUUCGCGGAAUACCCCCACGGCAUCGAUGAGCUAUCAUAUCGAGCCCGCUGCUUAUCCAGCAGAAGAGGUCGAUAACGUCUAUGCUCUCCCAGAGAGAUAUUCAGCGGAGAGACUCUUAAUAAUAUACAUGGACAGUGUUCAGCCAUCCUUACCAGUCAUCCGGUCAGAUCUUUUCAAAGAGCAGUUUGAUUCCUUCAUUUCAGGAAACUCGAGUCAACCUGGACGAAAAUGGCUCGCCGUGCUCAAUCUGAUUUUUGCCAUCAGUACGAAGCUAUGUCAGCAUUCUGGACAAGACACUCAGAACAUGGGUCAUCAAUUCUUUUCACGGGCGCAAAUGUUGAACAUUUCUGAAAGUAUUGUAGAAGAUCAUGAAGAUCUACAGCAGGUCCAGCUUGAAACUCUCGCCGCAUUUUAUCUCAUGAUUUCCUCACAUAUCAAUAGGGCAUGGAAAAUGAUCGGCAUAGCCACUCGCUCCAGUAUCUCCUUGGGUCUGCACCUUCGCGCAACUCACAACAAUUUGAACGCACAAGCGCUCGAAGCCCGACAUAGACUUUUCUGGUCAAUUUUCAGCUUGGAGAAUCUUCUUUCUGAUAUGACAGGUCGCGCUUCCGGACUGAGUAGUGUCUAUUGCUCAGCACCUCCACCACUCGCCUCAAAAGACAUGUGCCCCUUCACCAACAGCACGCCAAAGGGCAGGACAAUUCCAGCUUCCGAAAGUCCACCGAUGAAUUGGACAAUGGAUCAAGAACAUAAGCAUCUGAAAGUCCAGCGGGAACUGACAAGACAGAUGGAGGCCAGCCCCGAGCUAUAUUUCUUCUGUCUUGUAGAUAUAACUUUCAUCUCACACACUGCAUCGGCCAGUGUGUACAAUAGAGAAGCACUGAAGAUAGGCUGGAGCGAAAUUCAGAGCCGGAUCGAUUUUUACAACGGAAUCAUGCUUGACUGGCUCUCUGGGUUGCCAAACAGUCUCAAAUUUGAUGGGAUUGAUGCCGUUCCAUUUCUCCCUGUUUCUGACGCUUAUGGGGUUUCUUUGGCAUUGCAUUAUCACAGCGCACGGAUUAUUCUCAACAGGCCAUGCGUCACUCGACAGAAGGGUGGAAAGAGCUUCAAAGGACACCUCGCCCGCACGAGAAAAGAUAUCGAAAUGACAUGUUUAGAAUCCGCUCUGGCAAUACUUUCCAUGUUUCCAGAAGAGCCGAGCACGAGCUGGUUCCGAUGCGUCACUUGGUGGAACAUUCUUCAUUUCCUCGUCCAAAGCACCACCGUGUGUCUCAUCAAUAUCUCUUAUCUGGAUUCCACAAAUUCGCAAGGUUCAAGCCCUACCAAAGAUAAAAGAAUCGAUCAGUUUCCAACCUCCCCCACACCAAUCAUCAAGCCCGAGACUAUUCUGGCGGCCACCACGAAAGCGUUACUAUGGCUAUCUCACCUAGGCAAAACAGACGCAUCGGCCCGCAGAGCGUUCAACCUUUGCAAUAACUGCAUCCGUCGCAUGGAUCUGGGCUACGCCGACCUUGCAAUAUCUACUAGAGUGAACUAUCCCUCUGAGUCGCCUCGUCUCAAUGUACCAACCGACCAGUCACACCAGCAAUACCGCAGCAAGCACAACGUGCCGAAUUCGCAGUUUGUUGGUUCUAGAAGUUUCGGCUUCGAUGGAAAGAUCGAUAUGUCCUCUUUGCCUGUAAAAAUGGAUGAUAAAGAAGAAUCCGGACUUUUGCAGCCGUCAAUUGGAACACUUGCAGUGGAUGUUGACAUGUCUGACUACAUUCCGGAUCUAGAAACUGCAGCCUUGGACGAUAUUUUAGAAUGUCUUGCAGCAUGA